CCCCACCUCUCCGCCCCAGCGCCUCGCCGGAGCUCCGCCGCCACCAGCCCCCGACUCCGCAGCCGCCGCAGUCCUAGCCAUCCAAUGCCCUUGGAGACGCCGCCCGAACCUGCGUCUUCCUGAGGCUGAGUCUUCAACGCCGCGAACCCGUAACUUCCACGGGCCCGGACGAGGAGGUGGUGGUGGUGGCCUGGUGGGUGAAGAGGAGCCGAGGAGAUGGGGGCAGCGCGGGGUGUGGCCCGCGUGCGGCGGGAGGCGCUCGCCGAGUGCAUGACGUGCCCGCUUUGCCGGGGACUCCUGCGGGAGGCCACCGCCAUAGCGGAGUGCCUCCACACAUUUUGCCGGGAGUGUAUUAUGGAGAAAAUAAAUGAUGAGGAUGCCGAUUGCUGCCCAGUAUGCAGCAUUGAUCUUGGCUGCGAUCCUGAAGAGAAACUCAGGCCUGACCACAACCUUCAAGAUAUCAGGAAUAAGGUGUUUCCUCUUAUGAAGAGAAAAAUUGAUCCCCCAAAGGCUCAAACUGUUGCAUUGCCAGCAAAGAUAAAACAGAGGUCCCUUUCUUCCUUGGUGGUUGACACUCCAAGGGCAGAGAUAAAGGCUGGUUUGACAGGGAAGAGAACAAAAGCUACAAGAAGGGCAGCAGCCUCUCGUGGAACUUCUCCUACUAAUAAUGGAACCAUGAUAUUACCAAUUAAAUCUGAAAGUCGAGACCAGAAGAUUGAGAAAAGCUCGGCACCACAAUCUACCAAGGUUGCUUCAGCUGCAAACAAAAAACAGCGAAAUACAGAAGAAGCCUCAAGCAAGCCUUCGGAAGAAAAAAAGAAAGGCAAGGCAUCUGAUAAGGAAUUGCUCCGGAAACCUUUAAAACGUUUGGUUGAUACUGCAAGAAAGACGAAAUCACCUAGAUCAAGUCCCAAAAGCCAUGCUGUCAAGGAAGAGAAAAUAAAGAAUAACAAAGACUGUGGACUCCCAAUAAGGGAAGAAGAGACAGAAAACGAAGUGGUUAUUCCUGGAACAAGGGUGAGGGCACAUUCGAAUAAGCUAAGACUUGAAGGGGAAAAUAAUGGCAGAUCUUCAGAAUCUGCAUCAUUGAAAGACAAAACGACAACCGAGGAUGAUUUGAAGGAAGGAAUGCUUGGUUCUGCAAGAACCAGUGCUUUGCAUGAUGCAAUAACUACUCCAGUCUGGUUUUCGCUAGUUGCUUCACCUAACCAGAAAGAAGAUCCACAGCUGCCUCAGUUGCCAAAGUGUUACUUGAGAAUUAAAGACAGAGGUUUGCAGAUUUCCUUGGUCCAGCGGUACAUCGUGAACAAACUUGACCUAGCAAGUGAAGAUGAGGUGGAGAUCACAUGCCACGGCGAGACGAUCUGCCCCUCGAGGACCCUGCACGGGCUGGUCGACCUGUGGCUGCGGAGAGAGUCGGCAGAGCCCGUCCAGGCGUCGCUGGGGGCGCCAGCCAAGGAGUUCGUCAUGGUGCUGGGCUACCGCCGCCGCCGGCGAGCCCCGGCCCCUUAGCCGCACCCUCGCCGUGCCUCCAGCGUCCUGCAGCAUUCUACGGGGCAACUUCACCGCUGUGGAGCCUGAACCGAAUUUCUCCGUCCGCUCUUGUCCAUCCUCAGGAUCAGAAAGAAAAGAAAAGGAAAUUACAUUUUUCUCAUUUCGUAGACCAUGUAAAGAGGGAGAAGAAAUUAAGUUAGCGUAUCAA